AUGGUUGGAAGCAAUGGAUUCUCAAAGUAUCCCCUGAGCUCUGGAGGAUCUUCUUAUUCUGGAGGAGGAAGCAGCUCAUCUGGAGGAUCUUCUUAUUCUAGCGGCGGAGACACUGCUUCAGCAUCAAGCUAUUCUGGAUCUGGAGGAGACACUUCCUCUUCAUCGGCUGGAGGUGGAGGAUACUCUAGCGGAGGAGGAGGUGAGACUGCUUCAUCUGGAGGAGGAUACUCAUCUGGAGGGGAAACCUCAUCUGGAGGAGACACCUCAUCUUCAUCAUCCGGAGGAUACUCCAGCGGAGGUGAUACAUCAUCCAGUGGAGGAGAAUCAACAUCUGGAGGAGACUCAUCAUCAUCAGGAGGAUAUUCUGGAGGGAGUGAUUCAUCGUCGAGCUCAUCUUCCUCUUCUGGUGGAUAUUCUUCAGGAGGAGGCGGCGAUGCUGGAGCUUCAACAGGAGGAGAAUCAUCGUCUUCAGGAGGAUAUUCUGGAUCUUCAUCUAGCGGAGGAGAAUCAGCCGGAGGUUACUCUGGAGGAUCAUCUGAACCAGCACCAGCACCAGAAGCCGCACCAGCACCAGAACCAGCACCAGAAGCAGCUCCAGAAGCAGCACCAGCACCUGAAGCCGCUCCAGCUCCAUCUGGUGGGUACUCAGGCGGAGGAUCCGAAACUGCAGCAGCUGCACCAUCAGGAGGAGACUAUUCCAGCAGCUCAGGAGGAGCUGAAGCCGCACCAGCCGCACCAUCCGGUGGAUAUUCUGGAGGAGGCUCCGAAUCAGCAGCGCCUUCCGCGCCAGAAGCAGCUCCAGCUGCUGGAGGCUAUUCUGGAGGAGGAGGUGACGCUGGAGCAGCUACUGGAGGCAGCAACUACUCUGGAGGUGGAGAACCCGCUCCAGUACCCCCACCACCACCACCACCGGCACCAGAACCAGCCCAGACAUACUCGGGAGCCGGAGGAGACGCUGGAGCCGCCGCACCAGCACCAUCAGGCGGAGAUGCGUCAGCAGGAGGAUACAAUGGAGGAGCUGCCGGAGGAGGAGCACCAAAUGGAGCCAACUAUGAUGAGGCACAAGAAGAUGUAGAAGAAUAUGAAGGAGGAGCAACUGGAUUCAGAAACAGAAGAUUCUCAAAGGGAGGAACUGCUGAUGAUACCCCAAUCUGUAACUCAGUUAGACUCAGGAAGCUCAUCAGACAGAGUCUUACCGAGGAUCCAGAAUCCUCAAUGCAACGUCUUGCCCAACGUGUCAAGUCUCGACUCGUCAGCGGGGAAUUCUACGUGGCUUGCGGUGAACAAGGACUCUCUCCAAUCGCUGGAGAGAACCGUGAGCACUGCUUCAUCAAGACCGACACAUUCGCUUGUUAUGUCCUCAGAAAAGCCUAA